GCCACUUAAGACACACAGGUACGCCGAGCGUUCUUUCGUGUGCUGGUACACAGUGUACCGUUAUGGAGGUACUUAAAAUGGCUAAACGUAUUUUAGAAAGAUUCAUCAGAGAUACUGGAAGUAGUGAGACUUAAACCAUAAGGCACUACAAAUGAGUUGGACGAACAAAGCAGUUCUGAUAAACAAUAUUGGAGAAAUGAUUUGACAAAACAAAUCAUGAUGAGCUACGGUGAAGUGUUAAUUUUUCCACAAAGUAAAACAAAAUGCAAAAUGUACAUUUGAUAUUUGUGAAUCUUCAAGAUGACUUGAUAACACAUUUAAUCUUUGGGGAUUUUAAAAAACGGAUCCUUUGGAAUGUACCCCUGCUGAUAGUUAUAACAUGUUUUACAUGACGCAUUCUAUAUGACACAUAUUAUAUGACACAUUCUAUAUAACACAACAAUGGCGUCUAACACAACGGAUCCGUUUCUUGGAGAAUCGACGGGCGCCCUGGUUUCAGUAAUGAUUACCCUCACGGCGAUCGGAACGCUGGCCAACAUGAUUUCUAUAGCAGCAAAACUUUUACUAAAAUUCGCACUUCCUGAUACUUGGAAAUACAUCAUAGCCCUGCUGGAUAUCUCACACUUGUUUCUCGGUCUGGGAUUGGCUCUCCUUCUUACCUACGUCAACAACGGAAUCAACAAUUUCUGCCAUAGUGCUGGUUUCUUUAUCCUGUUCGGAGUGCUCGACACCCUGUUCACUUAUUUCCUGUCUGCGAUCAUUCUCAUGUUCAUCCAGAAUCCAGAGAGGCUGUCUGGAUACUCCAGUUACCGGAAAUGGCCCAUCCCUACACUGAUUAUCCCCCAGAAGAUAAUAUUUAUUUUUUUAUCAUUCAUCCCGUUACUCCCAAUGACAUAUUUCGAGCACCAGACCCCGUUCCCCAUAGCUUGUUUUCCACUACAAAACGCCAACACAUCUGGGGCUGGAUACGGAGCCGUCAUUGUGGUCCUGUUCUGGAUGAUGGUCAUAUCGUCCAUGGUCCUAUCUCUGGUGUGUGCUCUACGACUGUGGAAGAGCGCCAAGGGUCGGAUACACGCGUCCUCGCCUAACAUCUGGCAACUGAUGAUGCUGGGUCAGGGUAAGACUUUCCAGAAGUUCCUCCUGCUGGAGCAAAUGAUAUGGAUCGUGGUUCUCUUCAUGGUCACGAUAGUCUUGUACACGAAUUCAGCAAAACGCGUCGUGCCUCAGUGGAUUAUUAUCAUUGCCUUCAGCGUUCUGAUCACGCUGCACGCGAUAUUCAGCAAUAUUCAGACGAUUUUGUGGAGUACCCUGUGCUGCAAGACCAAACAGCAAGCAAAGGAACCUCACCAGAAACUGAAAAAGUUGGAACUUUUAAAAAUAGAGGGGCCAGGAAAACUACGCAUGAAGGCUACGUGGUCUGUUGGGAAGGGUAUGUUGAAGCACGGCUUGUUGAAAGUCUACUCCUUGGAUAACUUGAAGUCGUGGGCCCAAGAGAUCGUCAUCCUGGGGAUGAUGAGGAAGAUUCAGAACGCCAGCCUCUUGCAGUGUCUGUGGACAAACAACAACAACCCCUACUAUGACACCAUGAUGCUGAUUACAGGAGAAAUCGUCACCAGCGAUUCCAGACUCAUAUGCAUGGAAUGGACGAGCAGUGGCACUCUGGGGGAUUUCCUGGCUCAUCUAGACAUUCCCCUCCCCGAGCCGUGUCAGAAAACCAUUAUUCACGACAUUGCCGAGGGGCUGUCGUGUCUGCAUGAACAGAACAUCCUUCACCAGAACCUCUCGUCUGCUACCGUGUAUCUCAAAGGUUCACUUGAGCGCCUGGUUCUGAGAGCAGCUAUUGGAGAUUUUGAGAAUGCCCAGAUAUGUGGUUCACUUCAGAGUGGUGUCAUGUCGAGCGUCAGCAACAAGAAGCAGUUUUUCCUUCCAGACAUCAGAGCAUUUGCCCUUGUGACACUAGAGAUCAUUGGUCUUGUCUGUGACAAAAGGCUAGAAUACAUCCAUUUCCAUACGCAAGGAAACAGUCAUGACAAAGCUAAUCUUCAAGACAUGUUUUGUACAGAAACUCCAAGAAAUUAUGGUUAUCUUGAAUCAGCAUCCGAAAACAGUGUAGAUGACAUUCCUUACUUCGGGACAUUAAUAAAUGUAAAGGGCCAGAGCCCACAGACAACUGAAUUAAAUCAGACCUUAGGGCAUGAAGCAUUUAGAAAACCUAAUGUCUCCUCAAAGGACAAUCGUGAAAACUCAUCAACUUCAGAAUUGAAUAAUCCUGGUUCAGUACAGUUAUCCAGAUCUAAUGGCAUGGGAUCUCGAACAAGUAUCAUGUCUCAUAAGAAAAGAAGGGCUCCUGAUAUUCCACAGAAAAUACCAGAGUCACCACCUAUAAGUCACGAAAGUGCGACGCCUUGGCAAGAUGGUCCUUCAUCUCACGAUUAUGUGGAUUACCCUCAGACUUCGUUUCAGUCACCUAGACUAGAUCCAGCAGAUUACAACAGACAGGCUUCAGGACCUGUACAUAAAUCAUAUAGCUUUCCGCAAGAAUCCAUUUUUAAAGGGACUUCACUUGGAGAUCAUAACUAUGAAGAAAUUGAAGAAAUAGCUGAGGAAAUAGAAAGAAGCUAUGGGAAAAUGGGAGCUCCAGGCAGGGGUUUUCAAAACACGUCAGGGUUAAAUCACGAUCAUAAGUUUACUCCUACAGAAGCAGCCGAGAGUGGUCCACGGGGACAAAUGUUCGAACCUAGGUCAAUGCAUAAAAGUGCCUCAGAAGACCAACGCACAAUAUACAAUUCGUCUGGAAUUAACAGACCAAUGAAUAGUUAUGGCGAUCAUGACAGAAGGUGCUGUUCGCCGUCUGCACUGUUAGUGAAAUCACAGGAAGAAAUUUUGCCUGGCAUGGCAGACGACACACAGACAUCUGGACCAAGUCUGAAAGAGUUAUGGCUUGUUCGAGAAGCAAAACGAAAACAGUACCUCAUUGAGUGCUAUGAUGAAAGAAUGAAACCAAUGCUUAGGGAUAUGAUUGUGGCGAAGGGAGGUAGACCUGGCUACAACAGACUGAUCCCUGAUUCAAGUAACGGUCAAAUGAGGCCAAGUAAUGCAUCUGCGCAAAAGAGCCAUGCCUAUAGGCAAGGUUAUGAGUCAGGAAUGCCUAACGUUGAUCAUGCCAGUACGCCAGUGAGACCUAAAACUUCAGUACCCUCAUCAGCCAAAAUGAAUGCAUCUCGUCCAUCAACUGCAUAUGUCCCUCACAGACCUCAAACGGCACAAGCCACGAGUAUUAAGAAAAACAAAGCAAGAACUGUGCUAACUCGUCAGCUACAACGACCUGCUACUGCAGUCGAUAAAGACCGGGGAAAGUCAGCUAGUGACGUAGAAAGGAAAUAUGCAUCACGUAAACAGUCAGCUAAUGUCAUUCACGAGAAUGGUGGCAACGUCCAUCAAAAUAAGGAGGAAUCGUGUGAAUUUAGUCAGCAAACCAAUUCUCCAGAUAAGACUGUUCAAGCAGCUGGAAAUAAUGUUGGGAAGUUUUCCAGUUUCAGCAGCAAUGAUAGUUUUAGUAGUUAUUUCCGCAACAACCCCCGUACACAGCAGUCCACGUCUUUGACCAGUGGAGAACUGACGUCAUUGUCGUCACAAGCUUAUUCCUCAGAUCAUGGAAAACAUGAUGGGUAUGUUACAGAACAUGAACCAGAAUAUGACAUUCCUGUGCACAAAAUUCAAGUGAGUCCUAGAAAGGAUGUGAAAUUUGACAGUGGUUUUGACAGUGGAUCUGUGAAAAGUGAUGAUGGGUCAUUACAGGAGUUGGAAAUUGACGACCAUACUUGCUCCUGUCCAACUGACGAAGCUUGCAGUUGUCAGUAUUCUGUGUCUCCCACUGCAGGAAUGCACACACAGCCCAUAUAUCCACAAUCCUGUACUGAUAACUCGUUCUCAUCGUGUGAACGGACACCGCAACAUUCUCGCAAAGAUAACUUCUUUCGAACAGCUGAAAGUGACAUCAUUGGUCCUGAUCAACAAUAUCCCUCUGGUAGGUUGGAGAGCAAUACGAAAAAAGGAAUAAAUAUUAAGCCUGUGCGAAAGACUCGUUCAAAAGAGAGAAUUCAGUGGAAAAGAAACAUGAAACGUUACAAAGAGCUUAUAACCCGUGGUGUUCCUCUGCGUGUUUCUGUAGUUUCAGCGUCAGAACAUUCUGAAACAGAUAGAGAUUCGGUGAUGGAGUCGACAGCAGAGAUUAUUGAAGAGGAGGAAGAGGAUGAGGAAGAAGAAUGGGAUUCAGAGGAUGAGGUUCUAUUCCAGGGUCUUGAAUCACAGAUGCCUUUUAUCAACAGUGAUACUGAGAGUUCUAAAACACAGUCAGAAGGACGGUAUUCUCAAAAGGGGUCUAUCAACAGAUUCCAUCAAUAUGAAACGCCUAUGGACUUCCAUCCCAGUCGAAUGCAAACCAAAAGAAGAAAGUCUAAUGCAGACGUUCUAGAUGAAAUAAUACGUGAACUCCCUGAUGAGAUAACGGGUGAAUCAUCUGCAGACGAAACAAGGGCAAUAUUGGAUACAGAUAGAGGUCAGUCUUUACCAAAUCGACAACAUGACAAACACUUUGACAAAGACAGUCGUAGGAAUGAUAAACCUUUUUCUAAUUAUCCUCUCGUGGACGCCGAGAUGGCUAUAGACAAAAUGUUCACCCAGCAAAAUAAUUCCAAUGACAAUCAUAUGCCUUACCUGAGAGACCCAAUUUUUGGACUGGAUGAAAAGACAAUCCAACAACUGAGAACUUUAUCGGAAGGUCAAGUGCCUUCAAAUAAUUCAGGAACUGUGAAUGUUCCACUCUUGAAGGGAAUGAGUGUGGAGCACGUGAGGUACUGUCAGCAUCUGUCAUCUAAAAUUUCAUUUGUAAACUUUGAAGAAUUGUUGCCAGCGAGAAGUGUGAACUUUGAAGUGAUGAAAUCAAAACUUCAACAUGCUGGGAGAUUUGGUACUAUCGGUAAUCAGUUGCUGGAAACAGCCCAGUCCUGUUGGCUGAGCGACUCCCCACCUUCGUCUGCAGAACUGGUGUAUAGACUUACAGACACUAUUGCUGAAACAGAAUUGUGAGCGUGGUCCAUGAAGGCAAAUAACAAAGUUGUGUUCACUCUUUGGAAUACCAUUUAGAAGGAUAAACAGUGCAUCCGACUGAUUCUGAACAUGGAUUAACGCGUCCUGGCAUACGGAUAUUGCGGAAAGGACUAACCAGUGAGCCGAAUAAUCAUAAACUACUCAGGCGCCUUAUCUUAUUCGAAGGCAAAGUUAAUUAUUUGAACACAAAUUGGGGUCUCUGGUGCUUUCUGGCCCCGCUUAAAUCUGUGCCUGCAACUUACUGGACCAGGUAUUGUCUAUAAUUCUGUAUCAAUCAUCAAAGCUAUUCACCUGUGUAUGUGCUAAAGGAAACCAUGGUCAAAAUGGUCUUUAAAUCAUCGAUGACCGAGAAAUGACUGCAAAUUAAGUGUACAGAGAUAGCUCGAAUUUAUUACACGAUAUUAAACUUUCUUCUCACAUAAGGUAAGGGUUAAAUCAUUUGUGAAGCUCGAGUUCUACAGAAAUAUAAACUCAAAUUGCAGAAAAUCAUAUAAGUAUACAGUUUUAAUAAUCACGUAAAUGUCAUUUCGUUUUAAAUAUUGUAAUCAUUUGUAUUUCUCAAAAUGUAGUAAAAUGUAAACUGAAUAUGUAGAAAAUUAUAAAUAUAUAAAGGAUAAAACUUUGUAUAUGAUUAAUUAGUCACAUUAGAUGCACGUGGAUCCCUUAAUAUGUAUGGAACGUUGUAGAAUAUGAAUAUAUAGUAAUCUGUGAUAUAAAGGAUGUUUCGAAUAUAUGCAUGUUAACAGUUUACCAGAUUUACGUAACAUGCCUUGUUAAACCAAAUCUUUAACUUUAGUAUAUUGUUAAUAAGCUUCUUGUGAGGUCAUAUUGAAACACUGUAACAACCGUCCAUUUUAAAUGCCAUAUUAUUUUCUUUACCUUUGUUUUGAAUACAUUAAAAUACGUUAUAGACAUUA